GACCAUGCAAGACACGCUGCCUAUUAGUUCCUCCCUGGCCUGGUCGACUUUUGACGAAGGCAGCAAUUAGGGGUUUUUGAGUCUUUCUCCCACGAGGACCGAUUGAAUUCUUGUAUCGACACAACAAGGUUCUCGAGGCUGGAUUGUCCAGACCUCAGAUCAUUGAUCUUCGUAAACACAGCCUGCAAUGUCUCUAAUAUCUGGCAGCGAAAUGGAAGGCCAGCAUUAUCAGAGCCGGAAACGUCCUCGUGACACGGACGAUGUUGAUGGACCAGGAGAUGAACCACGCACCCACAAACAACCCAAGAAUCGAUCACAACAGAACCAUUUCCAAAAAUCUUCCAUUCAUGCGCACCGAAUAUCAUACAACCCUCGCCUAUCGCCCGAAAAAUCCGGAAUCACCAAGAAGAAGUCGAAGAGCGAACGGAAAAAGAAUCCUUCAUCUCGAAUCCAUUCCCUCAAAAAGCAACUUGCGAAAGCCGAGAACAUGCCCAUGACGAUCCGGCAAGAGAAAGAACGAGAGCUUGCAGCCCUAGUUAACGAGCAAAGCAAGAAGAUGGUAUCAAAAGCUGGCAAGAAGAAUCUCCAGAAAUAUCAUUUUGUGCGGUUCGUUGAACGGAAAAAGGCGGAGCGGACAUUGAAAAAGUUACAACAACAACUAGAGUCAAUUGAGGAGCGAGAUGAUACAGCCAAAGAGAGCUUAGGCCAAAGUCUUCACGAAGCGGAAGUGGAUGUAAACUACACAAAGUAUGCACCCCUGGCAGAAAAGUAUAUUAGUCUCUACGCCGACGAAUCCAGGGAUCAGAAACGCGAGCCAGAUUCAACUGAAGCAAGCAAGCCUCCAAUGUGGUAUGAGGUGGAGAAACGCAUGCUUGAAGGCGAGAAGAGUCUCGAAGCGUUGCGGGAGGGCAAGUCAUCAAGUGAGAGCAAGUCAGAUAAGGACUUGGGUACGGUUGGCAGGAAGCAAGGCUCUCGGGAGAACAAAAAGAAACUUGAGGACCAAUCAGAAGAGUCCGCCGAUGCCGAUACACAGAUGCACGAGGCUGACAAUCCUGCCGAGGACGAUGAAGAGAACUCAAGUGAUGGAGGAUUCUUUGAACGGUAAAGAUUUUUCAUUCUAGACCGAAUGACUAUGAGCUUGAUGAACGGAAUACCCAAUGAAGUCUGCUUGAAGUUGAAAAAUAGUGAGCCACUUAGGCGAAUGGACACCAGCGAUGGCAUGGAAUCUGUCAAC